AUGUUGCUGUUUUUAGUCUUAUUUGUGGGUCUUUUUGCGACCUUCGGCGCUGCCGUACCCAGACCUUCCACAUUCAAGGUCCCGACUGUUUCCAACGUCACGAUCUUUGUUCCCCCGUCGGAUUAUAACAUCCCGCGCACGCUCUACGCUCAUUCUCUUGAACUUCCGGAUGGAACCUUGCUUGCUACAUGGGAGAACUAUAGCCCCGAGCCUCCUCUUGUGUAUUUCCCGAUAUACAAGAGUACCGACAACGGCGCGACAUGGAAGCACAUCUCGAACGUCACCGACCAGACUUUGGGCUGGGGCCUCCGAUAUCAGCCGUCGCUGCACGUUCUUUCCCAGCGCAUCGGGAGGUUUCCUGCCGGUACUGUCUUGCUAGCCGGAAACGCGAUCCCGACUGAUCUCAAUUACACCCAGAUUGAUCUGUACGCCAGUUUCAAUGGCGGACAUUCCUGGAAGUUCGUCUCACACGUUGCAGCUGGCGGCGAAGCGGUACCUGACAAUGGCUUGACUCCGGUGUGGGAACCUUACAUGCUUGAGUACAAGGGAAAAUUGGUUAUUUACUAUUCAGACCAGCGCUUUUCCGACUACGGCCAACUCCUUGAUCAUCAGGUAUCGGGUGAUUUGAUCAACUGGUCGGAUCCUGUGUUUGAUGUGCGUUAUCCGACCUACACCGACCGACCUGGAAUGGCUUCGCUUGCACUGCUUCCUAACGGCGAGUAUAUCUACACUUAUGAGUAUGGUGGAGGCGGAAACUACUCUUCAUACACUUUCCCCGUCUUUUACAAGCGCUCUAAAGAUCCACUGCUGCUGGAUGAGGUUGAGGGCGUCCAGCUCAUUAGCCAGGAUGGUACUGAGCCCUCAUCGUCUCCGUAUGUGACUUGGUCUCCAGUUGGCGGUCCCAACGGAACUAUUAUUGUCACGUCUGCGUCUAACACUGAAGUGUUUAUUAACCGCGCACUGGGUGACCCCAACGAAUGGCAGACUGUGGAGACGGGAGUAGCGGCUUCUUAUUCGCGGGAUGUCCGGGCACUGUCGGGUGGACGACUGCUGAUCAUGGGUGGUGGAGUAUUAUCCGGGGAAUCGAAUUACGUUUAUGCUAGUACGUUCUAUGUGAAGGAUCUGAUUGACUCGGUCAACUAA